AAAGGGCAACUUGGCAGACCCAUCCUGGACAUUCCAUACUGGAACGCCAAGCCAGCAGCGGUACCUAACGUGGGCUCCAAGUUUGGACGCAAGGCCACCUGGGUGGGAGCCAGUGGGGAUCAGACGUUCCUUCGGAUUGACGAAGCUCUUAUCAACUCUCAUGUCCUUGCAACAUCGGAGAUUUUCGCCAGUCGGCAUAUCAUAGGCUUGAUUCCAGCUUCCAUAUCGGAGCCUCCUCCGUUCAAGUGUCUUUUGAUAAACAAAGUUGACGGAAGUUGUAAGACGUUUAAUGAUUCUGAACAGGAAGACCUUCAGGGGUUUGGCGUCUGUCUAGAUCCUGUUUAUGAUGUCAUUUGGCGGUUUCGACCAAAUACAAGAGAAUUGUGGAGUUACAACUCAGUUGUGGCCGAUUCCAGACUUCCCUCCGCUUCGGAUACACAGUCCCGUUGCAGCAUUCUCAGUCCAGAACUGGCUCUUCCAACAGGAUCUAAAGCUCUUACUACAAGAUCACAUGCAGCUUUGCACAUGCUGGGUUGCCUUGACACUCUGGCAGCCAUGCAAGACUUAAAAAUGGGCGUGAUGAACACAGAAGAGGAGAGUCACGCGGUGAUGAAAGUCUACUCCAAGGAAGACUACAAUAUUGUCAACCGAUUUGAAAGUCAUGGAGGAGGGUGGGGUUACUCAGCCCACUCUGUGGAAGCCAUUCGUUUUUGCGCGGAUACUGACCUCUUGCUUGGUGGCCUGGGCCUUUUUGGUGGCAGGGGAGAAUACACCGCUAAGAUAAAGCUCUUUGAGUUGGGGCCAGAUGGAGGUGACCAUGAGACGGAUGGGGACCUUCUUGCUGAAACGGAUGUCCUGGCGUACGAUUGUGCCGCAAGGGAAAAGUACGCUAUGAUGUUUGACGAACCUGUCCUCCUGCAAGCCAGCUGGUGGUAUGUCGCCUGGGCCCGGGUUUCUGGGCCCAGCAGUGACUGCGGCUCCCAUGGACAAGCUUCCAUUACUACGGAUGAUGGGAUUGUCUUCCAGUUUAAAAGUUCAAAGAAAUCGAAUAAUGGCACAGACGUGAACGCAGGACAGAUCCCUCAACUCUUAUACAGGCUGCCAACAAGUGAUGGAAGUGCAUCCAAAGGCAAACAGCAAACCAGCGAGCCGGUGCACAUUUUAAAGCGAUCGUUUGCGAGAACCGUUUCCGUGGAGUGUUUUGAGUCGCUGCUGAGCAUUCUUCAUUGGAGCUGGACCACCUUAGUUUUAGGAGUGGAAGAACUCCGAGGUCUGAAGGGGUUCCAGUACACGGCCACCCUUCUGGAUCUGGAAAGGCUGAGAUUUGUAGGCACUUGCUGCUUGAGGUUACUACGUGUCUACACCUGUGAAAUUUACCCCGUUUCAGCCACCGCUAAAGCCAUGGUGGAAGAAAGCAGCAGGCUCGCAGACUGCAUUGGGAAGACGAGAACCCUGCUGAGAAAAAUCUUGUCAGAAGGAGUCGACCAUUGCAUGAUCAAGUUGGACAAUGACCCUCAAGGCUACCUCACUCAGCCCCUGAGCCUGCUGGAAGCUGCCCUCCAGGAAUGCCACAAUACCUUCACGGCCUGCUUUCACUCUUUCUACCCCACUCCGGCCUUGCAGUGGGCUUGCCUCUGUGAUUUACUCAACUGCUUGGAUCAGGACAUCCAGGAAGCCAACUUCAAGACUUCAAGCAGCAGGCUGCUAGCAGCUGUAAUGUCAGCCCUGUGCCACACCUCUGUGAAGCUCACCUCCAUCUUCCCUAUUGCUUACGAUGGAGAAGCCUUGCUGUGUUCAGGAAUAAAACAAGCCAGCACUGAGAAUGACUCCGCGUUGGCCCAUCGUUUCCCUCUUCUGGUGGCGCACAUGGAAAAACUAAGCCAGAGUGAAGAGAACAUCUCUGGAAUGACAAGUUUUCGCGAGGUCCUUGAGAAGAUGUUGGUGAUUGUAGUUUUACCUGUGAGAAAUAGCCUGAGACGUGAAAAUGAGCUGUUCUCCGCACAUCUGGUUUCCAAUACCUGUGGAUUGCUUGCAAGUAUUGUGAGCGAGCUCACAGCUUCUGCACUGGGAUCUGAAGCCGAUGGACUCGGCUCCUUGCAUUCUGUCAAGUCCAGCCCAAAUCGAUUCACAAAAACCAGCCAGGGCAGGAGCUGGAACACUGGAAAUGGCUCCCCGGACGCCAUCUGUUUCUCUGUGGACAAACCGGGAGUCAUCGUGGUCGGGUUCUCAGUUUACGGAGGAGGAGGGAUCCACGAAUAUGAACUUGAAGUCCUGGUGGACGAUAGUGAUCAUACAGGAGAUUCAACUCAUUCCCAUAGAUGGACAUCUCUAGAAUUAGUUAAAGGAACAUAUACCACAGACGAUUCUCCGAGCGAGAUGGCAGAAAUUAAACUUGACAAAGUCGUUCCUCUGAAGGAGAACAUGAAGUACGCUGUCCGUCUGAGAAAUUAUGGAAGUCGCACAGCAAAUGGAGACGGAGGGAUGACCACUGUCCAGUGUCCGGACGGCGUGACGUUCACUUUUAGCACUUGCAGUUUGAGCAGCAACGGCACCAAUCAGACCCGGGGCCAAAUCCCACAGAUCCUUUAUUAUAGAAGCGAGUAUGAUGGAGAUUUGCAAUCGCAGCUCUUAAAUAAGGCCAACGAAGAAGAUAAGAAUUGCACCCGAGCACUUUCUGUUGUGAGCGCAGUGGUCCGAGCAGCGAAAGAUCUCCUGCACAGAGCUCUUGCUGUAGAUGCUGAGGACAUCCCUGAGCUGCUGAGUUCGUCCAGCCUCUUUUCUAUGCUCCUUCCUCUGAUGAUAGCCCACAUAGAACCCGUCGCAGCAGCUAUUCCCAAGGUAGCCAUGGAGGUUUUUGGCCUGGUUCAGCAGCUGCUUCCCUCCGUCGCAGUGCUGAACCAGAAGUACACCCCUCUGGCCUUUAAUCCCAAUCAGUCCACCGACAGCACCACCGGCAACCAGCCUGAGCAAGGCCUUUCCGCAUGCACCACCUCUAAUCACUAUGCUGUCAUUGAGAGCGAACAUCCGUACAAGCCAGCAUGCGUCACCCACUACAAGGUGACCUUUCCAGAAUGUGUCAGGUGGAUCUCGAUAGAGUUUGAUAGCCAGUGUGGAACGGCUCAGUCGGAGGAUGUCCUCCGCUUGCUCAUUCCUGCGCGAGUCCUCCAGUUUUCAGGAUUUGGACCCAAGCAGGCAUCCGUCCAUGAAAACCUUAACUCCUGGAUAGAACUGAAAAAGUUCUCUGGCUCAUCAGGUUGGCCCACAAUGGUGUUAGUGCUACCAGGGUAUUGUUCAGCUUGAGAAAGAGCUGGCCAACCUAGGAGGCGCCUGCGCUGCAGCUCUAAUGAAAAAGGAUCUGGUCCUUCCUAUUGGCAAUGAAUUGGAGGAAGAUCUUGAGAUGCUGGAAGAGGCGGCCUUGCAGGUGUGUAAAUCUCACUCGGGCAUCCUGGGUAAAGGGCUCGCCUUGUCUCACUCCCCGAGUAUCUUGGAAGCCCUUGAAGGAACGCUGCCCUUGCAAGUUCAGAGCAAUGAGCAGUCCUUCCUGGAGGAUUUUAUCUCCUGUAUGCCGGGCUCCAGCGGUGGGAGACUUGCCAGAUCCCCAGAAAACAUCCUUGAUCCUCAACAAAGACGACAUCCGCUGUGGCUGGCCAACGAUUGUCACCGUGCAAACCAAAGACCAAUACGGUGAAGUGGUCCAUGUGCCUAAUAUGAAGGUGGAAGUCAAAGCAAUCCCAGUUUCCCAGAAGAAAACUUCUCUGCAGCAGGAACAGGCUAAGAAAACACAGCGGGCCCCCGGCAGCCCUGCGGGGGCCACUGCUUCUGGACCAGAACUGACCUUCGGGGGACUCCCUUCCCCCAAGCUGGAAGCAUCCUAUGAGCCUAUGAUUGUCAAAGAAGCACGCUACAUUUCUAUAACAAUGAUGAAGGUAUAUGAAAAUUAUUCUUUUGAGGAGUUACGUUUUGCUUCACCAACACCUAAGAGACCAAGUGAAAAUAUGUUGAUAAGAGUAAAUAACGAUGGUACUUACUGUGCUAACUGGACGCCAGGAGCAGUUGGUCUCUACACUAUACAUGUUACCAUUGAUGGCAUUGAAAUAGAUGCUGGUUUGGAAGUUAAAGUGAAAGAUCCUCCAAAAGGGAUGAUCCCACCAGGAACCCAGUUGAUAAAACCAAAAGUUGAACCUUUGCCAAACAAGGUUCGCAAAUUUGUGGCCAAGGACAGUGCUGGCUUGCGAAUCCGUAGCCACCCGUCUCUUCAGAGUGAACAGAUUGGCCUAGUUAAAGUCAAUGGAUCCAUUACUUUUAUUGAUGAGGUAACCUCUAAGAAUCUUGGAAAGCAAGUUCUUGUUGAUCAGAACGGCCAGACUCCUCCACCGAGCCCUUUCUCGCUGCAAGCUUUCCACAGAGGGACAGCCUGCAGUAAUGAGCAAGGAUUUGACUAUGGACUUGGAAACCACAAAGGUGACAGGCUGAAUUUUACUGCAGCUGCUAGAUCAGUUUCUCCAGCAGGGAAGGCAGACGUGGCCUUAAAAUAUCGGGGGGAAAGCAGGACCCCUAAAUCGGACGGGCGUUGGGGCCACACCGUUGCCGACCAGAAGAAGCCUCGGAACACAGAGAGCCUGUCGGCCAGCGAGUCUCUGAUGCUGAAAUCAGACACUGCCAAGCUGAGAUCCGAUUCCCACAGCAGAUCGUUGUCCCCAAAUCACAACACGCUUCAGACCUUAAGAUCUGAGGGGAGGACGGCGCCUUCCCUUCGGGCCGAGUCCCCAGGCCCAGGAACUCGGGCCCCUUCUCCAAAGACCGCCUCAUCGGGGAAAUCCUGCACAUCUGGCGCUGGUUCUCGGAGGUCGUCUUCUCCUCACGAGAAGCCCCUUCUUCCUCAGAAACCCUCAACCCCGGUGAAGACGAAGCUCGACCCUCCUCGGGAGCGAUCUAAAUCGGAUUCUUACACGCUGGACCCGGACACCCUUCGUAAAAAGAAGGUGCCUCUCACCGAACCCAUACGGGGAAGAUCCACUUCGCCAAAGCCCAAAAUGGCACCCAAGGAAGGGAGAUCUGGGGCCGAGACAGAAAACCGAGCCCCUUCUCCUCAUGUGGUGCAAGAAAACCUUCACAGCGAAGUUGUUGAGGUGUGCACGUCCAGCACACUGAAAACAAACAGCGUGACCAACACCAUAUGCGAGGAAAACAACUCUGAUUGCAGCAGCCUGGAGGAGGGCUUGAACAAAGUUCACUUCAGCAUAGGGAAGGCCCCUCUGAGAGAGGAGCAGGAUACAAGGGCAUCUCCCAAAACGGGCCGGAAGUGCGCCAACAGGCAUGCCAGGCCCAAAAAGGAGAGGUCAGUCUGCCUGUUUAAAGGUGAAGGAGCCCGGUCAGUUGAGCCGGCCAAACCAGCCAUGUCUCCUUCGGUCGCCGAAUGUGCCAGGACCGUCUUUGCAUCCUUCCUGUGGCACGAAGGCAUCGUCCACGACGCAAUGGCCUGCUCCUCCUUUUUGAAGUUCAACCCUGAGCUUUCCAAAGAGCACGCCCCCAUCCGGAGCAACCUCAGCCAGGCGCCGGCUGAAGAGAAGGAAACCAAGCUGAAGAACCGGCACUCGCUGGAAAUAUCCUCCGCCCUCAACAUGUUCAACAUAUCCCCACACGGGCCGGACAUCUCCAAAAUGGGGAGCAUCAACAAGAACAAGGUCUUGUCGAUGCUGAAAGAACCGCCUCUUCACGAACGCUGCGAGGACGGAAAGUCUGAAGCAACUCCCUUCGAUAGCUCCGGCCACCCGCCGCUGAAGACCAAGUCGCCUCUGCCGUUAACGCUGCAGCACCUGGUCGCUUUUUGGGAAGACAUUUCUCUGGCGACCAUCAAGGCAGCUUCCCAGAACAUGAUCUUCCCGAGCCCUGGGUCCUGUGCGGUGCUGAAGAAGAAAGAAAGCGAGAAAGAGAACAAGAAGUCCAAAAAGGAGAAGAAGAAGAAGGAGAAGGUGGAGGCCAGACCCCGGGGAAAUCUCUUUGGGGAAAUGGCUCAGCUUGCCGGGGAGCGUCCGGAGAAAGACACCAUAUGUGAAUUGUGUGGGGAGUCCCACCCGUAUCCGGUGACCUAUCACAUGAGACAAGCACAUCCAGGUUGUGGCCGGUAUGCAGACGGACAGGGCUACAACAGCAUCGGACACUUUUGCGGAGGAUGGGCCGGGAACUGUGGCGACGGUGGCGUCGGAGGAAGCACAUGGUACCUUGUCUGUGAUCGGUGCCGUGAAAAAUACCUCCGUGAAAAGCAGGCGGCAGCGAGGGAAAAGGUCAAACAGUCGAGAAGGAAGCCAACACAGGUGAAGACCCCCCGUGCCUUGCCCACCAUGGAAGCCCACCAAGUGAUCAAAGGGAAUGCCCUGUUCUUGCUGGCCUUGAGCAGCGCCGCUGAGCCCUCGAUUUUGUGCUACCACCCAUCCAAGCCAUUCCAGUCCCAGCUUCCCAGUGUCAAGGAAGGCAUUUCUGAGGAUUUCCCCGUGAAAAUGCCUUGCCUCUAUCUUCAAACAUUAGCCAGGCAUCAUCACGAAAACUUUGUGGGCUAUCAAGAUGAGAACCUCUUUCAAGAUGAGAUGAGAUAUUUGCGUUCAACUUCAGUGCCUGCGCCUUAUAUAUCUGUUACUCCGGAUGCCAGUCCUAAUGUAUUUGAGGAGCCAGAAAGCAACAUGAAAUCCAUGCCACCAAGUUUAGAGACCAGUCCUAUUACAGACACAGACCUUGCAAAGCGUACCGUUUUCCAAAGAUCCUAUUCUGUCGUUGCAUCAGAAUAUGACAAGCCUCACUCCAUUCUGCCUGCCCGGGUCAAGGCCAUCCCCAGAAGGAGAGUUAACAGUGGAGAUGCAGAAGUGGGCUCCUCUCUCCUGAGACAUCCAUCUCCUGAACUCUCUCGGUUAAUCUCCGCCCACAGCUCUCUUUCCAGAGGAGAGAGAAACUUCCAGUGGCCCGUUCUGGCAUUUGUAAUUCAGCAUCAUGAUUUGGAAGGACUCGAAAUAGCCAUGAAACAAGCUCUAAGAAAAUCAGCUUGCCGGGUGUUUGCUAUGGAGGCUUUUAACUGGCUCCUCUGCAACGUCAUACAAACCACGUCCCUCCAUGACAUUCUUUGGCAUUUUGUGGCCUCUCUUACUCCAGCCCCUGUAGAGGCUGAGGAAGAAGAAGAUGAGGAAAACAAAGCCAACAAGGAAGCCAUCGAACAAGAAAAGGACACACGGGUUUGCGAGCAUCCAUUGUCGGAUAUCGUGAUUGCUGGAGAAGCCGCACAUCCGCUCCCUCACACUUUUCACCGUCUGCUCCAGACCAUCUCUGACCUGAUGAUGUUGCUGCCGAGCGGAAGUUCGUUACAGCAGAUGGCACUGAGAUGCUGGAGCCUCAAAUUCAAGCAAUCCGACCAUCAGUUUUUGCAUCAGAGCAACGUUUUUCAUCACAUCAACAACAUUCUCUCCAAAUCUGAUGAUGGAGACAGCGAGGAGAGCUUCAGCAUUAGCAUCCAGUCUGGCUUUGAAGCUUUGAAUCAGGAAUCAUGUAUAGUAGUCUGCCUGAAGGACUUAACUAACAUCGUUGAUAUAAAAACUUCGAGCCGACCAGCCAUGAUUGGUAGUUUGACAGAUGGGUCAACCGAAACCUUCUGGGAAUCGGGCGAUGAAGACAAGAAUAAAACCAAAAACAUUACAAUUAAUUGCAUGAAAGGAAUAAAUGCUCGCUAUGUGUCUGUUCACGUAGACAAUUCAAGAGACCUCGGGAACAAAGUGACUUCAAUGACAUUUUUGACUGGAAAAGCAGUAGAAGAUCUUUGCAGAAUAAAACAGGUUGACUUGGACUCAAGACAUAUUGGCUGGGUAACUAGUGAACUUCCCGGUGGAGACAAUCACAUCCUCAAAAUUGAGUUAAAGGGGCCAGAAAAUACCCUCCGAGUUCGGCAGGUGAAAGUGCUCGGUUGGAAAGAUGGUGAAAGCAUCAAAAUAGCCGGCCAGAUCUCAGCAAGUGUUGCUCAACAAAGAAGCUGUGAGGCUGAGACGCUGCGAGUUUUCAGGCUUAUCACAUCACAGGUCUUUGGCAAACUCAUAUCUGGAGACGCUGAGCCGACCCCAGAACAGGAAGAAAAGGCUUUGCUUUCUUCACCUGAAGGAGAAGAAAAAGCAACUUCAGAUGCGGACCUGAAAGAACACAUGGUUGGAAUCAUAUUUAGCAGGAGUAAACUCACGAAUUUGCAAAAGCAGGUCUGCGCUCAUAUCGUGCAAGCCAUCCGCAUGGAAGCCACGCGGGUCCGAGAAGAAUGGGAGCACGCCAUUUCUAGCAAGGAGAACGCCAACUCCCAGCCCAACGAUGAGGACGCCUCAUCGGACGCCUACUGCUUUGAGCUGCUGUCCAUGGUGCUGGCCCUGAGCGGCUCCAACGUCGGGCGCCAGUACUUGGCUCAGCAGCUGACCUUGCUGCAGGAUCUCUUCUCCCUGCUGCACACGGCUUCCCCCAGAGUACAGAGGCAGGUCACCUCUUUACUGAGGCGGGUCCUGCCCGAAGUCACUCCCAGCCGCUUGGCCAGCGUCAUUGGAGUCAAAGCCCUGCCCCCAGCUGAUAUCAGUGACAUCAUUCACUCCACGGAGAAGGGAGACUGGAACAAGCUGGGCAUUCUGGACAUGUUCCUGGGCUGCAUUGCCAAAGCGCUCACCGUUCAGCUCAAGGCCAAAGGCACCACCAUAACGGGCACGGCUGGCACGGCAGCCGGCAAAGGCGUCACUACUGUCACUUUGCCAAUGAUUUUCAAUUCCAGUUAUCUCAGACGAGGUGAAAGCCAUUGGUGGAUGAAGGGCUCAACGCCAACGCAGAUUUCAGAAAUCAUUAUUAAGCUCAUAAAAGACAUGGCAGCUGGUCACUUGUCUGAAGCUUGGUCUCGGGUGACGAAAAACGCCAUUGCUGAAACAAUCAUUGCUUUGACCAAAAUGGAAGAAGAAUUCCGAUCCCCUGUGCGCUGCAUCGCCACAACCCGCCUGUGGCUGGCCCUGGCCUCUCUCUGUGUCCUUGACCAAGAUCACGUUGACCGCCUCUCUUCUGGAAGAUGGAUGGGCAAAGAUGGACAGCAGAAGCAGAUGCCGAUGUGUGAUAACCAUGAUGAUGGAGAAACGGCGGCCAUUAUCUUAUGCAACGUCUGUGGGAAUCUCUGCACAGACUGCGAUCGAUUCCUCCAUCUCCAUCGACGGACAAAGUCACAUCAGCGGCAGGUGUUCAAAGAAGAAGAAGAAGCUAUCAAGGUAGAUCUUCAUGAAGGCUGUGGUAGGACUAAACUCUUCUGGUUGAUGGCACUAGCCGAUUCUAAAACCAUGAAGGCUAUGGUGGAAUUCAGAGAACAUACAGGCAAACCCACCACAAGCAGCUGCGAAGUAUGUCGUUUCUGUGGCUGCCGAAACGGAACAGAGUUAUCUGCUGUUGGCAGUGUCUGCUCAGAUGCCGAUUGCCAGGAAUAUGCUAAACUCGCCUGCAGCAAAACCCACCCUUGUGGCCAUCCUUGCGGAGGAGUCAGGAAUGAGGACCUGUGCUUGCCCUGCCUGCAUGGCUGCGACAAGAGCACCCCCACCGCCCUGAAGCAAGACGCCGACGACAUGUGCAUGAUUUGCUUCACGGAAGCACUUUCAGCAGCUCCCGCAAUUCAGCUGGACUGUAGCCAUAUAUUCCACCUACAAUGCUGCUGCCGGGUUCUAGAAAACCGAUGGCUUGGCCCCCGCAUUACUUUUGGGUUCAUGUCCUGCCCCAUUUGCAAGAACAAAAUAAACCACGCGGUAUUAAAGGACUUACUUGAUCCAAUCAAGGAACUUUAUGAGGAUGUGAAGAGGAAAGCCUUAAUGAGGCUGGAAUAUGAAGGGCUGCACAAGAGUGAAGCCAUCACAACACCCGGAGUUCGGUUUUAUAAUGACCCUGCUGGCUUUGCCAUGAACAGAUACGCAUAUUACGUUUGCUACAAAUGCAAGAAGGCUUAUUUUGGUGGAGAAGCCCGUUGUGAUGCUGAAGCUGGACAAGGAGAUGAUUAUGACCCCAGGGAACUCAUCUGCGGCGCCUGUUCUGAUGUAUCAAGAGCUCAGAUGUGUCCCAAACAUGGUACAGAUUUUCUAGAGUACAAAUGCCGCUACUGUUGUUCAGUGGCUGUUUUCUUUUGCUUCGGGACCACCCAUUUUUGCAAUGCUUGUCACGAUGAUUUCCAGAGAAUGACAAGUGUUCCGAAAGAGGAACUUCCUCACUGCCCUGCAGGUCCCAAGAGCAAGCAGCUGGAAGGGGCCGAGUGUCCGCUCCACGUCGUCCACCCUCCCACGGGCGAGGAGUUCGCGCUGGGCUGCGGCGUCUGCAGAAACGCGCACACUUUCUAGCCGCCUCAGAGCCCAACGUCGGAACCCAGGCCGGGGAUCAUUUGGCCGGCACGGCGCCCGGGGCCGGGCUCGCCUCAGGCGCUUUGCAUGCGGCCGCGCUGCGCAUCGCCCCCUCGAGCCUCGCCGAGCAGGGACUCCGGAGGCCGCUGACUGUCCUCUUCCUCCUCCCUCCUGAAUGCCGGACAGUGGCUGCCGCGGGCAGGGCAGGGCGAGAGGCCGAUAAACGGGGUGGGGGUGGGGCGUCCUCGAUGUAACCAGUCUCGAACCGCGUUGUAUAGAUUUAUAUAUAUACAUAUCUAUAUAUAUAUAACUAUAUAUA